AUGAAGCUUACGGCAAUCUGGAUUUCCUUGCUCACUGAGUACAUUUACCGCUUUACGAGUGAUCACGCGAAUCUCGAGAGGAGUGGAGAAGCAGAAGACGGCACGUGGCAGAGCAUGGAGAGAUGGUGUGGGAGUGGGAAAAGGACGGGGCACACGUGUUUGGUCAAAGGAGGACGCGUGGAUAAGCCAUGGAUCCGUACAUAUUUUAGUUCAUCGUACGGACACCUUGUAUUCUGUCGGGUAGUGGACUUGUUCCAGGGCCUCCCUGUCCUUUUCCCGCACCCUAUUUGUCCCCUCCUCGCCACAUCCUCCUCACGUGACUUCCACAGAAGGAAGAUAAAAAGUGGUGAUUAG